AGGAAAAGAGAAUUAGAGAGAAGAAGAGAGAGGUGGAGAGUGAUUGCAGAGGAGGAGGGACAACUACAGUAUGAGAGAGUGAGGGGUUGAAAAACAGAGUAGUGGUCAGAGAGCAGCAGCAGAGGCUAAGAAAGCACGCACAGGGAGGGACGGCCUCACUCGGACUUUCACCUGACACCCAGCAGACAAAACCAGCAGAAGCCUUCACCUUUACAAACCUAUCGCUCAGGCCCUUUCAGGUGGCAGCACCAUGCUUCGGCAGAGACUAACCCAGGCGGUGUGUGUGCUCUUGGCGUGUGUGUGUCUAGCGCUCACCUAUGAGGACGAUAUCGAGGUCAACUUCGCUGACCCCUUCUACAAUGAAAUCACAGAGGAAGAGACGCCAGAACCCACACCGAGUUCACCCCCCUGCAACUCCCCUGACCUUACCAAAUGGGACAAAGUCUUCUCCAUGUUGGAGAACAGUCAGAUGAGGGAGAACAUGCUGCUUCAGUAUGCCGACGACAUCGUCAAGGUGGAGAUGGGGACAAUGAGAGGAGAAAUGCUAAGGUUUGUAGCCCAGUAUGGUGGGUCCUGUGGGGCUGCGGUGGAGACGGCUGGAAGACGGAUGGCUUUGCUGCUGGAGGGCCGUCUGAGAGAAACGCUGGAGCGCCUCAAACUUGGAGAUCUGAUCUCUAGUGCUGGGAAAUCUGUUGGGAAUAUCAACCACCUGGAGGCCAUGCUGCAGCAGCUUCACUCUGUGGCACAAACACAAGCAUCCCGACUGGCCAAGCUGGAGAGCAGCUGCUUCAGCAACCCAGGAGACGGGAUGGGGAUGAAUACCAAAAGGGAGUUUCAGCCUCCUGGGGAGGAGACGCUAAGGCACCGUGAACAAGAGGUCACAUCACAAGAUAUUGCUUUAGACAGGGUGCUGGCUGCUCUGCAAGGGGUCAGGGUUGAACUGGAUGAAGUAUUAAAGUCAUCAAGGCAAAGACACCUUCCAGCAGGUUGUGAGAUGGCCCUCCUCUUCCCCAUGCGUUCCCGUCGAAUCUACACCGCCAUCUUGACAGAGAUCCCUCUCACCCUGUCCUCUUUUACCGUCUGCAUGUGGAUGAAGCCGGUCACAGUCUCCAACAAAACUGUGUUGUUCUCCUAUGGAAAUCGCCAGAAUCCCUAUGAGAUCCAGCUGCUGCUUUCCCAAACAUCAGCCCUUCUAACCAUCGGAGGGGAAGCUCAUUUGGUGGAGGCUGAGGGUGUGGUUAUUCCAGGAGAAUGGGUCCACCUGUGUGGGGCUUGGUCCUCUGAUCGGGGUCUGGCAACGCUGUGGGCAGGGGGCAAAAAACUGGCCACCACACCUGGGGUUGCCGAGGGACACAUCAUACCUGAUGGAGGCUCCCUGCAGCUUGGACAAGAAAGAAACAGCUCUCUGAGCCUGGCUGGGUGGGGUGGCGUGACAGGGUUUGAGGGAGGAUUUGACCCCAAUCUGGCAUUUGCUGGCAAAAUGACAGGAGUGAACAUGUGGGACAGAGUGCUGUCAGAAGAUGAGAUCUCCCGACUGGCUCGACGACAAGGCCAGGGCUGCCUGCAUAGGGGGAACACGGUGGCCUGGGGUGUGACGGAGAUGGUGCCACAUGGAGGUGCUCAGUUCAUAUACUGAUACCAAAUUUUCCUGGGGAAAAUCUAAUUCUCAUAAUCAUCGUGGUGGUGAACAUCCACAAUAAGAUCUCAUGCUAAAACUGGCAACUUAAAACUAACUUUAACAAUUCUGAGUUUAAAAAACUCAUGUUCUCAUCAUUUUGUCACAAACCAUUUUCUGCAUCACCCCCAAUUGUUAUUAUCAUAGUUAAUGCUGCAAUGAACUCUGUUGGACAGGUUCAAACAAGAGAACCCAAUGCUGUGACAGACUCAAGUCUACUUUGUAACAUAUCCUUUUGAGCUGAUGUUGCGACACACACCCACACUGACGUGCAUGCAGAUUAGAAAGCUUGUAUCAUUGCAGGAAAUGUGUCGCCAACAGCAUCUACAAUUACUUAAUCAGAGUGUGUCAAAGGGUGUUUUGUUAAGAGGAGCAGCUUCUGAGCCAGACAUAAAGAGGUGGAAAAGAAGAGGUCACUGAAAUGAGCAUGACCAUCUAGUGAUUGAGCAGUGGUGCAGUGAAAUAGUAGAGAUGGCAAGUGGAGAUUAUCACUGUAUCAUUAAAUCACCUGUUUCCCUUUGAAUUUCAACAGGCAAUAUUAAUGAAAUUAAAACAACUUUGCUCUCCCGUCUUCACAGUCUUGUAGGUAAAAUCAUUAGCCAUGUCACUUGUGCAACUUAUGGCAGAAGUGACUUCAUAGUGUUUUGGCAAUGUUUUGUGUCCAGAGUUAGAUAUGUAUGCAAUACUUGCAUGACUGAGAACUGCUGUAGUUGCUUGCAUUUAAAUAUCAUAAUGUCAUUUCAAACUAGGGAUUGUUUUUUAAUCAUUUUAUUAUAAUACCGUUUUGAGUUUUUUCUAAAAACAUUUUUAAAAACCUUACAUAGCUUAACGUGUUAUCAUUAAACUGUUUACAUUCAUGUAUUAAGUAGUUGUAUUAAGUUCCAUUUCUUUAAUACUUUUUUUCUGUAGUACUCGUGUAAUUUUUAGAUAAUAUUUGUGUGUGUGUGUGUGAUAAAAUUGGAAUUUUACGUUCUCUGAGAAAGUUUCCUUGCUAUCAUAUUGUAAAUUGAUUUUGGUCUUUGUGAAGAGAGGAAACUGAAUGUAUUUUGUACAUAUGUUUUUCAUAACAAUGGAUGGAUGAAUGGAAACUUAGGAAUGAAUAAACAUUUGACGUUAUUCAGUGUUUUUCCACUUAUUUAAACCUAAUCAAGAACACAAUUAAACUUGAUGUCCACUUAGAGCUUAUAUUAGGUCACUGUAAGGCUAACGGUCAUGUGAAGAAUGAAAGUGCCCCCUUUUUUGGAGUCAUGCAUAGGGAAAAAUAAAAACAA